GAAAUGGCGUUGGAUUUUGGCGGGAAACCUCCGCCCCCGUCCUCCAUUGUUCGUCGCUUUUCCCGCGUUAAUCGCGGCUUAACUCUCAACGUUCGCUUUAAAACACGCCGACGAUCGUCGUUUCUCCCCUCAAGUUAGUAGAAGAAGUUGCUCUAGCCGUUGUAGUUGCAGGAGUUGUUGUUGAUUGUUGAACUGCGAUUGGCGAUGGACAAAGUGGAGCCGGGACGAGAUGACUGCGGGAGUUCUCUGAAGAAGAGGGAAGGGUACCUGGAGUGGCCUGAGUACUUCAUGGCAGUCGCCUUCCUAUCAGCACAACGCAGCAAGGACCCCCACUCCCAGGUGGGAGCGUGCAUUGUAAGUCCAGAAAACAAGAUUGUUGGCAUCGGCUAUAACGGGAUGCCCAAUGGCUGUAGCGACGACUGCCUGCCCUGGGUUCGCACUGCACCUGACUGGAUCGACACCAAGUACCCAUACGUCUGCCACGCGGAGCUCAACGCCAUCUUGAACAAGAACAGUUCAGACGUGCGAGGCUGCAUUAUAUAUGUGGCGCUCUUCCCCUGCAACGAGUGCGCCAAGCUCAUCAUCCAGAGUGGUAUCCGUGAGGUCGUGUACCUAUCGGACAAGUACCACGACCGUCCAGAGAUGAAGGCAUCACGCACGCUGCUCAGCAUGGCUGGGGUUAAUUACAAGCAGCUGUCUCCCAAGAUGAAGAAAAUCGAGAUUGACUUUGACGUGAUCAACUCCCCUGGGGGGAUUAACAUCUCGUAGCAACGGUCACCCCCAUCAUUUGUAGCGAGCAAGGCGAGAGUGGCAUCCACUGUUCCUGUGCAUGCAGCCGUGUAUGUGCGAGUUUAGAUUUGAGCACCUUAUGUAGAUGUGGUGCUGCUGUAAACGCCAGCAUUGGGGUGGGGGACAAAGAUGGACAUGUGUGGUGCUGGCCUUACUGCUGCCAUGCAUGCACUGUCCCGGCCUCAACUGGCGCCUGCAAUAUGCUGUGUAAUCAGAUGUAGUGACAAGGGCUUGCUUUAGUGGCAGUCUUGUUUUUUAAGCUGCACAUUUAUUUAUUUUUGUGGUAGAGUCAAGGUCUCUAUUUGCUGCUUCUGGGAUAUUAAGACUUUUAACAUGCUGUUUUAGGGAUAAACAUGUCAUUUGUGUAGAAAUGCUUCACCGAGUCAUAAUACAUUUUCAGGGGGUUCUCCAUGGAGAUGUUUUGGCAUUUUUUGGGUGGGGGCAAACGCAUGCGAGAUAAAUUCCUACGCCUGAGGAGGUAACUCCUAAUUCUGUAUAUGCAGUUAACCUACUUGUUUUACCGUUUUCUGCUCGGUGAGAUGUCACUUUGAAUUCACGAACCUUUGCUUCCAACUUGUUUGCAACUCCGUGCACUGUUGUAGCUGACGUGAGUCUGAGGUGCGUUAAAAUAAGCCACUGUAUACCUUAGGGGUGGGGAACAUUUUCUUGUACGAGGCCCAAUACCUUUGGCAGGCUACACAUGAACACAAACCUGUCGCUUGUCAUUGCAAGAGGCCCGAGCAUAAUUUAUUAAGUGUUUUGUAGGUCGAAAUACUUUAGUACCCAAAAAGUAUGGCUAAUAUGCAGUGCUCUGGUAGGCCUAGUGGCCAUGUACAAUCGUCGCCCAUGCAAGUACAAUCGGGCUUAAACCUUUGCUUCGAGAUCAGGCAUAUUUCCGGUGUUUUGUUGGCAUUUAUUUAACACAAAAGUAGACAUUAAAAACGCGUGCUUUUUAAGUGAAACAAAUACA